AUGGAGGCCUUGGGAGCUCCCCAGGCCAGAAGGUACUGCCCAGGGGCCAUGGGAAAGCUCCUCCCUGGCCUCUGCUUCCUCUGCUCUCUGGUGACCUAUGCGCUGGUGGGUGCUGUGCUCUUCUCUGCCAUUGAGGGCAGCCGGGUCCCGGGGGCCAAAGAAGAAAGAGAGUUUAAGGUGUUCUUGGAAAAGCUCUGCAUCAUCUUGGAAUGCAACAUAACAGAUGUGGAAGGCAGGGAACAGGACCUCCAGGACCAUCUGCAGAAGGUGAAGCCCGACUGGUUUAACACAUCUGCAGACUGGACCUUCCUGAGCUCGCUCUUCUUCUGCUGCACAGUGUUUAGUACCGUGGGUUAUGGCCACAUCUACCCCGUCACCAGGCUUGGCAAGUACUUGUGCAUGCUGUAUGCUCUCUUUGGCAUCCCCCUGAUGUUCCUGGUCCUCACAGACACAGGGGACAUCCUGGCAACCAUCUUGUCCACGUCUUACAAUCGGUUCCGAAAACUCCCUUUCUUCACCCGUCUCGUCUCCAAACGGUGCUCCUCGUCACUCUGCAGGAGGAAGCCAGCCACCAAGCCUGUGGAGGAAGCCUUCCCCCAGAUCAUCAUUAGUGCUGAGGAGCUCCCGGGCUCCAAACCAGGCAAGUGUGCUUCAGCCCCAGACUGCAUUUCGCAAGCGUCUGAGAGCCUUCUGUCAUCAGAGAAGCAGAACACGCUGCAACUGCCCCUGCAGGCCAUGGAGAGUCACUCGUGUCCUGAGCUAGUGUUGGAAAGACUCUCACACUCCAUCAUCAGCAACCUGAAUGAGGUGGGCCAGCAGGUGGAGAGUCUGGAGGUCCCCCUCUCUGUCAUCGCCUUUGUGGUUUUUGCUUACAUUUCCUGUGCGGCCGCCCUCCUCCCCCUCUGGGAGAAACAGAUGGAUUUUGAGAACGCCUUCUAUUUCUGCUUUAUCACGCUAACCACCAUCGGAUUUGGGGACACUGUUUUAGAACACCCUAAUUUCUUCCUGUUCUUCUCCAUUUACAUCAUCGUUGGAAUGGAGAUCCUGUGGAUUGCUUUCAAGCUGGUGCAAAACAGACUGAUUGCCAUCUACACAAAUCUAAUGCUUUUCUUUGCAAAAGGGGAGUUUGACCACCUUGCUAAAAAGUAA